AACCUCCAGAGGCCGUCGAGCUCCUUGCGCUCCCGCGACCGGCUCUCCUGGGGGUAGAGCAUCCCGCCCUGCAGCAGCGCCAGCCCACAGCCCCAGAGCAGCGCGCCGAGCACGGCCCAGGUGCCCGCCAACCCCCGGAGCAUGGUUCCCGCGGGCCGCUAGCUGCCAGCAUCCCCCGCCCGGUGCCGUGAGCGUGGGAGGCGGGGCCGGGGUGGAGCCUGAAGUCACGUGUCCCGCCCCCGCGCCGUCUUCGUUGAAAGCGAUUGCGCGGCCCGGAGGCACCCCGUGAGGCCCGCGCCCACAAGGCCGUUCCAGGCCCGCCUUCCUGACGGAGGGCGGCGGCGGGGGAGGGCCCGCAGGGAGCCCUAGAUCCACCCCGGGCCCCGAAGGGCGGAGGUCGCAGGUUCUGCGCCCGCGAGGUCACUGCCGUCCUCCGCCCUCCCCCGCCCUCCCUCGCCUUUCCAUACUCGGCUGCUCGCGCCCAGGGCGGCUGGUCCAGGGCCGCGGGCCGCAGCGAAAACCGGGAGACGGCCGGGGUACCACUGAUGCUUCGAGGAGGCCGACCUGGGACACCUCCACUCGCUUAUGCUUGCGGGAUACCGGUUUUGGGAUCUUAGAACCCCGACCAGGGAUCAAACCCGGCCCUGGCAGUGAAAGUGCCCAGUCCUAAUCACUGGACCGCCAGGGAAUUCCUGGAUUUUGGUGAGAUUUGUAUAGACGAGGCCUCUGCAUCUCUGCUGGCUCUGGGGACCCCCGUUAUGGAAUCCUUACCAUGUCCUAGGCCUGGCCUCGGGCUCUUUGCAGACUCAGUGAGACCAUCCCUCCCUUGACCGCAGCACGGGCAGGCCCCUCUGGCACCACCUGUCCGUGGCCCUCACCUCACGGGCAGGAACAAGCACAUGGCCCCCUCCCUCUGCCCCACGGCCUCUGGACCCACCCACGCUUGCCUCCUCUCAAGAUCGCCCUCCUGGCAUCCCAGCCCUGAGCUUAGGGGCCUCGGGGAGAAGAGACGUGUCUUGCCUGCAGUGUAGAGAUGACGCCAGUGGCCACCUGGAUGACGGCGCUCAUGGUGUUGGACACUUCAAACACGGCUUCCUUGUCCUCCUGGGAGGCACAUGGCAGGAGGCACCAUUAUUUGCUCGUCACGCAGACGGCAACGCUGUGAACUGGGUACCAAUACUAUCCUGCUACAGAGAGGAAAAACUGGGGCACAGAGCAGAUCUUUACCUUGCCCUUGCUGAGAGCGGCAGAGCCCGGACUGCACCUCGGCAGCCGGAAUUCGAAGCCCUGCUCUAAACCCCACAUGCCACCAGGACCUCUCUGCUGGCUCUGCUGUUCUGAACAUUUGCUGCAGGAACAGGAAGGAUGCCAGCGCUGCGCUGCUCAGUAACUAUGAGGUGUUCCAGUUACUAACUGAUAUGAAAGAGCAGCGUAAAGAAAGUGGAAAGAAUAAACACAGUUCCGGGCAACAGAACUUGAAUACUAUCACGUAUGAAACAUUAAAAUACAUAUCAAAAACACCAUGCAGGCACCAGAGUCCUGAGAUUGUGAGAGAAUUUCUCACAGCAGUGAAAAGCCACAAGUUAACCAAAGCUGAAAAGCUUCAGCUGUUGAAUCACAGGCCAGUGACUGCUGUUGAGAUCCAGCUGAUGGUGGAGGAGAGUGAAGAACGGCUGACAGAGGAGCAGAUAGAAGCUCUGCUCCACACCGUCACAAGCAUCCUCCCUGCGGGGCCAGAGGCUGAGCAGAAGCAAAAUACCAACGAUGACGUGACAAUGGACGAAGAGGACCCAGCAUAGAAGAGCACAACUGGCCCAAGUGUCUCGUGAAGUUGAAAGGCCCAGCAGCCAUUUCCCAGACAUUCAGAGGAUUAUUUAUUUGGUUUUACCUUCUAUCCCAACAGGCCUGAUUUCCUGGUUAGUUGGGUAAACCACAAAAAUAAGCCUUUCUCAAAAACAAGCUAAAAAGAAAUCCUUGUGCCUCUGAAAGAAGAAACAUGGUGGAUAGGCUGAGGUUGUCAGGGCAGAGAGCUAAAGAGAGGAAGAGUGAGUCCAGGAGGACAAUACUGUGGAACUCUCUGUGGUAAAAAUAUUUCUUCUGUGGCCUUUGCCAUGGUUGUGGGAAGGUCCCUGUACACAGCUGGUAAAAUACUUGCACUGGCUUUGAUGGGCCAUAUCCUAAUUAAUUUCAUCUGCUUCCCCAGGAGCUUCCCAAGCAGGCAUGCAGAGCAUUGCUAUGAUGAGAGCUGAGUUACGAGAAUCCUGUUAGAUGGCUAAAAACUCCCGAAGCAGCAAAUAGUUGCUCUAAGUUAAAAUGAGCCACUGAACUGGGCUCACCUUAGAGGAAUCUUUUCCUUGAGAACAGCAGAGAUAAGAGAACGCCUGGACAACUCUUCAUUAGGUCUAAAGGCCCCUUUCCUCUGCUGGCCUGGGCUUUGUUUACAGCUCACUAAUUAGUCUUAAAUGGUAGGGCACCAGCUCACUCCAGUUGAAAAGAGGCACUCCAGACUGAAUGACCGUGUCACCUGCCUUUCUGAAUACCUUCAGUUUCCUGCCCUGUGACAGGCUCUGCCUGUUGAAGCCAGGUGAGCUUCAUUUGCACAAUGGGCAAAUUGUUUGCAUCUUUUAAAAAGGGCAAUUCCCUGGGGUUCCAGUGGUUAGGACUCUGCACUUUCGCUGCUGAGGGCAUGGGAUCAAUCCCUGGUCGAGGAACUAAGAUCCCACAAGGUGCAAAUUGUGGCUUGAAACAAAAAAAAAACCCAAAAAUGAAGAGGGUACAGUUAUGUAGCUCUUUUUGUGGAUGGACUAUGAAGAGCUAGAGGUUAAUUAAUAAGAAUUUGAAUUUGUUGACUGUUGCAUCAGUUUUUGAAUUUAAAAUAUUAGAAUAAUUACCAUGUGAAGAACUUGUUAAUAUUCAGGCUUUGGAGAGUUUAGUAGCCCCAGACAUGUAGUUGCCUUAGAUCCUAGGAAUAUUGUUAAAAAUUAAUUUCCCAUAUUCACUCUGCUCCCUAUUUGGGGAAGAAAAUGCCCAUAGACAUUAAUUUUUCAAAUUGGUACUCAUGUUGUAAGAUCACAUUUUCAGUGCUUCUGUUAAUUGGAUUACUUCCCACCCCUUGGAAUUCCCAGGUUAUUUCAGCCUCCCCACCACCCCUGCCAAUAGGCAGUUAUGUUCAUCUUAACCUUAUCAUCUAAAGAUCAGUUGAGAUCUGCUUACAGGCAACAUUGAAAUUAACAGGGCAUUUAUUUUUUAUUUUAUAUUUUUUAAAUUAAUUUUUAUUGGAGUAUGUUUGCUUUACAAUGUUGUGUUAGCCUCCACUGCACAACAAAAUGAAUCAGCCAUACACGUACAGGGCAUUUAUAUUUUUAUUUUUAUUUUUCAUUGCAGAAAGAAUUCAGUGAGAGACGAAGUGAUAGGUAAGAAGUGGAUUUAUUUAGAGAGAAACACACUCCACAGACAGAGUAUGGGUCAUCUCAGAAGGUGAUAAAGGCCCAGGGCAUUUAUUUUUAAAUCUCUCUUUUGAGUAUCAGGAAUUUUACCAGGAGCUGUUGAUUUGUCAAAGCAUGCAUGUGCUUGUAUUAUUUUUGUUGCAUUUUGACCUUGAGUGUGUUAGGUGCUUUUUCCUCAUGGAUUUAGGGCUUAAUUAGUUAAUAAUAAAUUGUUUGCAGGUGA